AUGGAGGGAGAGAAAGCACACCCACUACUUGCGCAAAUACCAUUGAUUGUAUCACCCUUUUAUAACCCACCAAAAGCUGUCACACUACCUUUCAAUUACAAGCCUUUACCAUCACAACUACCUGAAACAAACGUUACAAAGGACAAUCUUGAAGCCUGGAUAGCUGAAUGUCAACAUGUUAAAAAGGAGAUAAAAAGUUACGGGACUAAGCAAAAAGAGGCGUAUGAGGAGUGGCAUAAUAAUGUUGUACGAAGACUUGCACCAGGAUAUUUGGGUGGGUCAAACACACUACUUACUCCACAAAGACGUACUCAAGCUGCAACGAACCACCAAUCGAUAAAUGAAACGCUUGAAUCUAAAACGGACACAAUAAAAGAUGAAAAUGAUAUAGAUCGUGCAUUCUCUACAAUGAAUAUAAGAUAA